GAUUACCAAAGCUGGUAUUUGCUCGUUUCCAUAGUCCUCCUUUUGUUUAAUACAGCACAACGCCAGGUAAUAGAGACGAAAUCAUCGACAGAAGACUGCAGAGAGUCCAGAGAAGAAAAUCCACAGUUGAUGGAACAUCUGAAAGUAUUCCCUGCACGGCUCUAACUGCGAUCAUAGAGAGUGUUUUCACAAAGCACAAGCAUAUGGAUUCCCAAGAAGAUCUCAUUGACCGGGACAUUACUCUGAUUGUACAGCUCCCAGGAGGACAGGAGACCACAGCCACAGUGCAUGGCAGUAAACCUGUGAUGGAUGUUCUGGUCACCCUUUGUGCUCAACACCACCUCAUUCCCUCCGAUAACGUCAUCAAGCUCAUCUCCACUAAUCAAAAUCAUGUCAAUUUCAAACCUAACUCCCCAAUUGGCUCUCUUGAGUUUGAGAGGGUUGUCCUUCGAGCAAAAGGAAGUGAUGAUGCUAACAGGAAAAAACCUCAUAUGCCUGUGGCGACAGUUCGUCUCUUGAUAAACUACAAGAAGUCCCAUAAAACAGUGGUGCGGGUGAAUCCCAGAGUGCCACUGGCCGAACUCAUGCCUGCGGUGUGUGAGAAAUGUGAGUUUGACCCUGAUACAACUGUUUUAUUGAGGACAUGCCAGUCAGAGGAACCCCUGGAUCUCACCAAAUCGCUUGAUGACUGUGGAAUCAGGGAGCUGUUUGCCAAAGACACAAAAGUAUCAGGUGGUGAAGAAAAACAAAAAACACCAGCAAAAGAGAAGAACAACAGUGAAAAGGAAAACAAAGGCUUCUUUGCUUUAUUCAAGAAGAGUAAGAAAACACCUGAGCAGGCUAUGACUGUCAGCGCUCCAUCCUCUCCUGAACUGAAUGCGGACGGGGUGACCUGUCUUAAUGGCCACUCGACCUUACCUACUGCACCUGCCGACAUGACUAAAAAGAGACGUGCUCCGAAGCCUCCUUUAAAAAUGACACGGAGUGUCUCUUGUGAACUUGAUACUACAGAUUUCACAAACCUAUCAGAGCGCAACACUGCAGGAAAACAGGAUCUUCUCGGUCAUAUCUCCUCUCUUAAAAGGACUAAACGGAGAGCCCCGCCCCCUCCAUGUGAUGGCCCUUCCCCAUCCAAUUCAAAUAGCAACGUAGAGGAAGCUGAAGAGGAGGACAGCAGUUCAGACAAGGAAAGAGCUUUCAUAGCUGGCCAUUGCUCUUCAAUUGCUGAAGUUAUGACCGAACUCGCAGAAUCUCUGCAGGCACGCCGACAGAGGGUGCCCUGUUCUGCAAAUUCUUCUACAUCCCAGCAUUGUCCAACAGAAAACCAUUUUCAAGGUCCGUUUUCAAAGAAUAAAAACCCUGAUGCUGAGUUAAAUGUACCUUCUGGCUGUCAACAACUGCGGAACCCCUCUGAAAGAGAUGGCAUGACCACCUUCACUGUGGUUCCUCAGAGGCAUCAACCUACCAGGAAAUGUUUUGAGGUGGCGCUGACGCUGCAGGCACCAGACACCGCUAAGGCUGAAGAGAUGUGCCCUGGAGCCCCAGUAGACCUGGAGAUCCAUGGCACUGAGCUUUUGGAGGAAGCAGUCCCAAGUGAACCUUUUAGAAAUGGGGACAAUGGUUUUGACAAGAGUGAGCACUUAUCAGGGAUUCUACAGCACUUGGAGAAAGAGAAUCAAGAGUGGACAGACAGCAAGACUGAGAAUCUGGAAACAAAAGUUGAGAAGCAGUCCAUUCAUCUGAGAAAUAUCGAGCUAGAGGGUCAAGAAUCAUUUCAAAGGGGCCUCAAUAAGCUUGAACUAUUUGGCAGUACGAUAAAUUAUCUAGAAAUAAGAGAUGCAGAGCUUAAUAUUUCAGAAGUAAGAGAAAAUUUGACUAGUAAUAUGGAACUAGCUGAUAAACGUGAGGGGUUGCCAGUUGAUUCAAAUAUAAAGGGAAACCUUGUGGAGCUAGAUGAGAUACCAGAAUAUCCUCUGGUAGAGACCAGAAAGGAAAAGGACUGGAUAGAGGAAUACAAAGAGAGAAGAAGGAAGUUUCUAGGUGGUGAUAAUGAUGGUAGGAGAAAAUUAGAUUCUUGGGAAAGUUUUGAGGGCAAAUUUACAAACACCGCCAUGGAGAAAAGCAUGCAAGGGAUCAAUGAUAAUUUCCCCCCACCGCCGCCACCCAUCUACUGUUAUGAGGAUAAUAGUGAGAACAAAGAUGAAAAGGAGGAAAGAGUCAAGGAAAAUGAAAACGAGCAGGAUGAGGGCACAGCUACAAAUAACCAAUCACAUGAACAUGAAGAACUUGAACAAAGGCCAAACUUAGAUCGGAGUCAUCCUCUUAAUCAAAUUACUGGUGCUGACUUUGAUAGCCAUUUCACUUGCUCUGACUGCAAUGUUAGACUUAACCCAGAGCCCAACUAUGCUCCUUUCCCACACCUUUCCAAACCAAAGGUCCACGCUACCCAAACUAACCCAAAACCAAACACUCCUGGUUUGGAAUGCAAAUUCAGCUCUACUUCAGAACCUUACAGAACUUCCUGUUUAUUGCCUCAACACAGUCCUGGCUGUACGUCAAAAGCACAUUCUACCUUUGAAUCUUGCCCUCCAGAAACAGUGUCUCUUUUUGCUUUGGCUGUAUUUCAGAAGGCUAAGCAUUUCAGACCAGGGCUGGAUUCCCAACGCUCCAGGAAUCGGGAACUGCCCAUGCACACAAAGUGAGUGAACUGAUGAAAGAAAUUACAAAAAUACUCCUAGACGUGCCCAGAUUUUUAACAUCACGUCCAGCUAGGGGCAGUGAUUCGAAUUUCAUUAAGCACAGACAACUUUCAAUAUGCUUUGGCCAAAUUCACAGUGAGAAUUCGUUAGUAUGAGAUGGCAUAUUUGUAAGAAAACAACAUUGUUUGAAAACUUAUGACUUCUACACCAAACAAUCACAUACCCAUCUCUCAACUCCAUUUAAACAUCAAUUAUCUUUUAUCUGUCAUACACAAACAGCAUUUAUCAAUUAUUUUAUGGUCACUGGUUCACAUUUAUGAUUAGUUUUAGGUAUAGCCUUUGGGGUAGGGGUUCAAAUUACAAAGUACUUCACACACCCGCAGUAUGAACCCAGAAGUAUAGCUUUUUCUUCCAUCGUACCCAACUUGCUUGGGUGAAUUCACUAAACAGUUGCAGCACUUUGCAGGUGGGAUUUCAGUUAGGUUUCCAAUUGUUCCGUAUUAGGGACGUCCCCUAUUUUGGCUGAAAUUAAGAUGUCCCGUACAGAAUGGCUAUUGUACCAUAUUUUAGCAGCAAGAUGAUACAGGUGCAUACUCUCUGUCAGACAGCAAUACAUCCCAUGUUAAAGGGAUAGUUAACCAAACAAUGAAAAUUCUAUAAUUUAUUUUUCUCCCAGCAGAACACAUUUGAAGAAAAAUAGAAGACUAUCCUAGCUCUGUAGGUCCAACGCAAGUGAAUGGUGACCUUUUGAAGUUCCAAAAAUCACAGAUAGUCUGCAUAAAUGUCAUCAAUACGACUCGGUUAAUGUCUUCUAAAGUGAUAUGAUAAUGCCAACGCAAUUACAUCACAUGUGCAUACCUCUGCUGAACAGAAGCAAUAGAUUAUAGUUCAAAAGUACUUCAAUAUUGAUCUUUAUGGCGUCAUGUUGCGUUUAGAAGACAUUAAUUUAACCACUGGAGUUGUAUGGAGGACGUUUAUGCAGACUAUCUGUGAUUUUUGGAGCUUCAAAAGGUCACCAUCCACUUGCAUUUUAAGGACCUACUGAGCUUAGAUAUUUUUCUAUUUUUCUUCAAAUGUGUUCUGCUGAAGAAUGAAAGUCAUACAGUCCUGGGAUAUCAUGAGAGUGAGUAAAUGAUGAGAGAAUUUUCAUUUUUGGGUGAACUACCCCUUUAAAGGCAUUGAAAUGUUCAAGGGGCACACAACAUUCUUGCACCCCAAUUGGGUAGCACUGUCACCUAACAGCAUGAAGGUCCCGGGUUCGAGUCCCGGGUCAACUGGGCCUUUCUGUGAAAAGUUUGCAUGUUCUCGCCGUGUUCAUGUGGGUUUCCUCCGGGUGCUCCGGUUUCCCUCACAGUCUAAAAAGACAUGCAGGUUAAGUUAAUUGGAGACCCUAAAUUGCCCAUAGGUGUGAGUUAGUGUGUAUGUCUGUGUGUUGCCCUGAGAUGGACUGGCCACCUGUUUCCCUGCCUUCGGCCCGAGACAGCUGGGAUAGGCUCCAGCACUACCCACGACCCUGCAUAGGACAAGCGGCUAUAGAAAAUGGAUUGAUUGUGCACCCCAACUCCAGGAAAUUCAGCACUAGCCAAUCCGAUUGGAACUGGAAAUUUCAGCCAGCUUUUGCUAUUUUUGUGCAUAGUAUGCUAUUGACAGUCAGUGCAUGGACUGAGUUUGCCAUCUGAGGCUGAGACUAACUUGACAUGUUACACAUUUGAUGGAGCUAAUGAGGUAGAAACAUGCUUUCCGUCUGGAAACUAACAGGAAAUAUAUGAUGUUGACCUCUUUCAAAUGUAUUGUUUAGUUCAUUGUUAGAAGGGCAAGGUGUGCUUGGGUCAGGGAUGAGCUGUGGAUGUACAGUUUGAGUUAAGUGACGUCUGACACUCAUAACAGUCCUUCCUUUUGUUUGUUUAAUGGGCGUCUUCCUUCCUCUAAGCAUGUCUGCAUUUGUUGACAGAUUCUUUGCAUUCCAAAGCUCAUUUCCUACAUGAUUUUAUUUGUAUGUGUGUGUGUGUGUGUGUGUGUGUGAGAGAGAGAGCCAGAGUGUUUUGUUCAAAUAUAUUAUAUAAUCCCAGUGAAACAACCUAAAGCCCAUUGCUUGUGACUUUAUGAAUGACUGAUGCAAAAACUAAAUAUGGACUCUAAAACACUAGCAGAGAGUAUCUUGAAAUAUGGGUCUUGUGUGGUGUUUUUGUUUUUUUUCCAGAUAGUUGAUGACCAGUUUGAAUGUUGGAGAGUUCCUUUGGCCUGAAUCUGGAAGGACGUUUUGGACAGCAUUUAACCAGCUCUCACACGAACGGCCAAAUACACUUUGGGUGAAAAUAUGCAGCUAAGAAUUGUGAAAUUUCUGAUGACUGUUUUAGUUGUAUUAACGAGAUAUAUGCUAAUUUUUCUAAAGAUUCUUUUAUAUUUAUGUUUUUG